CGUCACGUGUGAAAAGAGGAGGAAGACAGUAGGUCCGAGAAAUGGCGACUCCAUGAUCUUUCUCUCUCUCUCAGGGCUUUGACCGCGCAGGACCUUUGAUAUACUCAGGGCGGUGGAUUAGUCCUGAGUAGUUAGUUUACAUAGAUGCAGUCAUCUGGAAACUCUUAACACGAAUAUUAGUGAAAAUGGCGGCAAAUAUGUACAGAGUUGGAGAUUAUGUGUACUUUGAAACAUCAUCAACUUCCCCGUAUUUAAUCCGUCGGAUUGAAGAGUUAAACAAGACACCAAAUGGAAAUGUUGAAGCAAAGGUUAUGUGUUUCUAUCGUCGAAGAGACAUUUCAAAUUCACUCAUUGUUCUGGCAGAUAAACAUCACAGUAACACACUUGAUGAUGAACCUGACCGAAAGAGAAGCAGCUCACCCACAGAAACAUCAUCAUCACCUCCUUCUGAUACGACCAAUGUCAAUGGUAAUGGCAAUGGUGGAGGGACAGGUGGAGAGGAAAGUGAAGUGAAACCGUUCUCUGAUGUGCCAGAAAAGCAACGCCACCAACUCAAGCAUCGAGAGUUAUUCCUCUCGCGUCAGGUGGAGACUUUGCCAGCCACUCAUAUUCGUGGCAAGUGUGUGGUCACCUUACUCAAUGAGACAGAAUCCCUCACAUCCUAUCUCAAUAAAGAGGACACAUUUUUCUACUCAUUAGUAUAUGAUCCACAACAGAAAACAUUGUUAGCGGAUAAAGGGGAGAUUCGAGUUGGAUCCAAAUUCCAAGCAGAAGUCCCAUCUAAAUUCAUAGAAGUUGAGGAUGACCAGAGACAAUCGGAUCAGCUGGAGACAUUGAUAUGGCGACCAGAAAAUGGGUUAAGUAAAAAAGAAAUUGACCAGUUUUUGGUUAUAGCUCGCUCUGUAGGCACUUUUGCCCGUGCCCUUGACUGUACCAGCACUGUUCGUCAGCCAAGUCUGCACAUGAGUGCUGCAGCUGCUUCAAGGGACAUCACACUGUUUCAUGCCAUGGACACAUUACACAAACAUGGCUAUGACAUCUCCAAGGCCAUUCGCAGCUUGGUGCCUGAUGGAGGUCCUGUGCUGUGUAGGGAUGAAAUGGAAGAGUGGUCAGCUUCUGAAGCCAAUCUGUUUGAGGAAGCUUUGGACAAAUAUGGCAAAGACUUUAAUGACAUCAGACAAGACUUUUUGCCAUGGAAAUCAUUGAAAAGUAUAGUAGAAUACUACUAUAUGUGGAAGACAACAGAUAGAUAUGUUCAGCAGAAACGCAUAAAGGCAGCAGAAGCAGAAAGCAAGUUGAAACAGGUUUACAUUCCUAACUAUAAUAAACCUAACCCUGCAGCUUUGGCUGGGAAAGUUAAUGGUGCUGAUGGACAGGUCUCAGGUCGAGCAUGCGAGAGCUGUUACACCGCCCAUUCGUCACAAUGGUUUUCAUGGGGACCAGCCCACAUGCAGUGCCGUCUGUGCUCUGCAUGUUGGAUGUACUGGAAAAAGUAUGGUGGCCUCAAGAUGCCUACACGAUUAGAUGGAGAACGACCAGCUCCAACACAAAGGCAAGAACGUGUUGCACAUAUGAACUCAAUGCGAACACAGAAAUGCACCAUCUCUGGAUGUGGAAAGGAAUUCAAGCUGAAAACCCAUUUGGCUCGACACUUGGCCACAGCCCAUGGACUGGCUAUCCAGCCAGGCAGUCCCCGGCCUAUAAUGAAGACAAGAGCAGCCUUUUGCCUUAUCACUACUCCUUUGACGCGUAUCUCCCGCCGAAUCUGCAAGGACAUUCUUCGCUCACGGCAUGCUGCCCGUUGUCCAUUUAUACCAAUUAAUACGGCAGCCAUCAAACAAGAAUGUCAGGCACGCCUGGCUGAGGUUGGGAAAUAUACUCCCAACAUUCGCCAAAAGGGUGUAGCCUCUCUGGAUCCCGUUGUUUCACGGCUUGGCAUCAACAUCCAAAUGGAAAAGCCGGCCAUCUUAGGCCGAGGAGCUGUGUCAGAGCGCAGCACCCAGGGACAGACAAAAGUCACCAGCAGCUACCCAUCCAUCAUGAAAAAACGUGGUUUUGAACAAAGUAAUGGACUGGAUGGCCCAACACCCAAACGUCCCAACAUGGGUGUUAUUCGCCAGGCUGGGGCUUCACUGAAGGCACCUGUACAGCGUGGAUUACUGAACCAUGGUAGCAUAAAUGGCCGAAGUAAGGGAGUUCCUGGCACCAGAGGUGUGAAGAUGCACAUGAUUAGCUGGAUUGAUAUGCCUGAUGAUGUUUACUUCGUUGCCACAGAAGCUACAAGAAAAUUGCGAAAGCAGCUGCAGGGACCUGAUUUCAAGAGGGCAGCACGCAACCCCUGGCGGAUCCUAAAUGUUAAGUCCAUGCUGUCUCUCAGUGCCAUUCCGUCUGUGCCACGAGACCGCUCCCCUGCCCCUGCUCAGCCACAAGAGGUGGUGGUUCUAGACUGAGCAAGGCUACAGUGUUUUGAAUUUGUUGUGCUGUUAAACUGGUCUAAAUGGUGAAACCUUUCAGCAAUGUGGCAGAAAUGUAAGGGACAAAGGGAUAUAUCAUUGCGAAGACAGCUGCAAGUGUUACAGCCAACAAAGUUUUGAUGAUAUCACUGGCAUGUUAAAUAACAUGGAGAAGGAGCUUUUUUUAAACUUGAGGUGUUUCCAGAAAUAUGAAGUAUCAUGCAUAAAACAUAUGAGGUGAUCAGGCUAAGAUGCACGGUUGUAAAUUUUGAGAUACAACACCAGCAAUUUGUUAAUUCGAUAUUUACUAUCUCAAAGAGCUGUGAAGUUGCGUUUAUGUUACAAAGAUGACUGGUAUACAUUGCACUUGAAGGCUUUAUGUAUAAUUCAGAUAUCCCAGGAAGAAACUUAGGAGGAGUACUGUUACUGUAGAUGUCAUGAAAAUGAGCACAAGCAUGACAUGCUAUGCCCUUCUAUGAUUACUAAAGCAAGUAAUGGGAGAGUUUAUAUCAUCCCACUUGGCUACUGGAUAAUUGCUUUGCUGCAAGAGAAGUCGAAGUAAAUUGUUUUUGUUCUUAAACACUUCCAGAAUUCCAGCGCUGGCUGAUUUAUAGACAUUGCUUUGCAUAGAUUGAACAGGAGGGGCAGCACUGUUCAAGAUUUCAGUUUUCAAGUGAAUUUAGUCAUGUGUUCGAGACUCUGACCUUAUUGUUGCAUUUUUCGGAUUUUCCUUGCUAUACUUAUCCUCGUCACACUUAAAAGUUUCUCAGUGUUUCUCUUUAUUAGUAAUCAGUAGAGAAUUGACAGUGUAGGAAAUGAACAGUGCCAGUGAAAGGGGCCAUAUUGGCUAAAGUUUGAGCUGUAAAAAGAUCAGAGGAAAAUGCAGGCACUUAUAUUGGAUGUAGUGAGCUAACAGUAAAAGAAAUGUUGUGAUAGGAAAUAAGUUUAAUGAAGCUUUAUUUAUGAAAGAUUUAAAUGCAAGCAUUCUUUUCUCCCUUUUAGAACUAUAAAGUCCGUUCAGAGUUUCCUGUUUGUGCCAAGUUCUACACAGAAAUUAUCAGCUGGUGAUAGUCAUAAAGGCAAGACUUUGAGUUAAAGAUAAUUCUGGAACUGCAGGCAACGAAUUUAAAAUUGUGAUUAAACAGAGGAAAAUAGGGAGAAAAAGUCUGGCGUGGACAUUUUCCACCUUUUGUAUUUCAUAUGGUAGCUUAUUUCAGUAAUGUUUACAUGCAGUUGCUGAUAGGUUCGUUUUGUAAGACACAGGUGCGCUCAGACACUAAUACAAUACCUGUGCACAUUUUCUCUGCUGCCUCUCUUUAUUGUCUCCUAUUGUGCUUGAGAGAUCAUUUGGCUUUUAUAUAAUCAAAAUCAAAUUUAUCUGUAGAUAAGAUUUUGAAAAACAUUAUUUGGUUUUAGUUAAGCUCCGUUCACUUGAUUUCCUUGUUAGUUCAAGAGGAUUUCUAGACAGAGGGUAAUGUUGAAACACCAGUGUGAUUGGGCAUUUCUGAGGUUAUUGUUGCAACACGAAUUCUUUGCUACCUGACAGACAGUGCAGCAUGAUUGCAGAUUUUCUCAUCUGUCCCGGCAGAUACUAUUUUGUGUGUAUGGCAGCUGUCUUAUCUAUUAAAUACAAAAUGUUUUGCAGACUUUGAAAAUUUGAAGAUAUUUUGCAUAGUACUUGAACAGCAAACUCAUUGGUGAUGAGUUAUGUGUGUUUGGGAUGAAGGUGAUGUGUCUCUUGCUCUUUACUCCUUGCACAGUACUCCCGCCCCCCAGAUUGACAUAUGAUCAGUAGUGCCUGUUACACCAUGAAUUAUUUUGUUCUCACCAAAACCCAUCAAGUGAGAUUCAGUCUCGAUGACAUGAUGUGGAUUUUAUUUUAUUUUUAUUUUAUUUUUUUGUGGAUGACUUCCAGAAAAAAUCCUUUUUUUUUCAGAAUAGCAGAGUUAAAGAGACACGCAAUAAUACGAUUAAUACAGUUUUUUGUAAACUGGUGGAAAAAAGCAGAGGCUGUUGUAUGUUUGAUGGGAUGCGUGCACGCAAGAGAAAGAGGAUUAUUAAGGGUGGCAGCAUACUGUAUGCUUGUGAAAAUUAGUGUGUCUUGUGAGAAAGGAGAUGUGAACAGCGUGGUGACUACUUGCCUGUUAGAUUCUCUGCUAAAUGAUACUCUUCAGGAAUUUUCAUUUCCUUUUUUUUUUUCAGAAUAAAAGUUUUCAGUGGUCAAUUAAGCAUUGUUUAAAUUGUUUUUAUUUAAUAUUUUUUUUAAUUGGCAAAAGUUUUAAGUGUGACUGUUAGCAAUAUCUUAUUCUUGAUAAUCCACUGAAGAAGGUGUGAAGUAAUAGUAGACAAAUCUAAUAACAGAAUUGUUAUGGAACGGUUCUUUAGAAGCUGUGAAUACUUGCGUCUCGGCAACAACCAUGUGUCAGAAACAAUUGUAGAGGAAAUUGUAUUCUGUUGAAAGGCUAAUAGAGAUGUGAGAAACAUCGUAAUUGUGGAGCUUUAAGAUCAUCAGGUAACCAAUCAUAUUUUCUGUUUUGGAGACCACCACAACAGUGAAAUGGGCAGAAGGCUUUAGGAGCAGAGCUGACAGCUUAAAUUUUCCUGCAUGUGGUAAAUAUGCACGAUGCUGUAUGUUUCACUUCAGUUUUACAUUAAACCGAUCAGGAUAGUUUUCUGUUGUAUAUUAAUUAGCAUUUUUUUGAAAUCAGGCCUUGAAAUUUAGUAUGUGAAGUUAUUUUAUAUUUAAUUUUUAAAUGUUCUCUAGUGAGUCCCAGAAAACGGUCAUUGUGAGAGCCAUCGGUUACCUCCCUUGACAUGUGACCCCUGUCGUCAACUUGGCCCCACCCCACUCUUGUUUGUUCACCGGGUAACAGCAGGCAUUUAUUCAAGCCAUUGCCAUGUUAAGAGGUGUUACUGACAGCACAACGCGUUGGGUUGCUUGCAAUAUUGCCAUGUUUACAGCAGUCACAAUAUAUAUUUUUUUGAAGGCAGCUUUCUUUGCUGUUCUGCCUUUUGGGAUUUUGUAAGUUUAAAAAAAUGUAGAUGUUAAAGAAUAUAUAUUUUUGAUGGACAAUUCUUUCCAGAGGGUGUCAAAUUGGGCAUGCGUGGGAGAUAUAGGAAGUGAGAAAUGAGAUGUGAAAAUAAAUUAAGCUUUGAAGCCGUAGUGUGAUCACAUUUGAUCAUGCUUGCUAGCAUGAGCAGGGUUAGGGUACCUACAAGGUACCUAUACCACAGUGAGGCUUAUAUGUAAACAUGCCAAAGAUGUACUCAGCUUCUAAAAUGAAGACAAUUAGAUCACUUAGUUUAAUGUCUUGAUGUAAUUACCUGAAAAGGCAAAAUCUUGGGGCAUACCUUCAUAGUCUGUCAGGUGAAAGCCUUGAUAAGCAUACUACUUAAAUGACCAUGCCAGACUUGGCUGCAUAAUACGCUUUUUGUCAAGUUCCAGCUGGUGUCUCUCUUUGUCCAUCUCAACACCAUAGGUCUCUCUUCUCCCCCCCCCCCCCCACACAAAAAAAAGAAUCAUUAGCAUAAAGUGCAUAGAGCACCAUGGCUUAAAAGUGUUGAACAGGGUUGCAGUUUUACUGGCAUGCUCACUUCGCAAAAUGAACUAGUUUUCACUUGUGGUUCACAAGUUCAGAUAGAAAAUGGUGGAUGAUUAAUGAUGUGGCAAAUUUUUUUUUUUUUGUGAGUCUUCGUGUCACUCGGACAAAGCAGACCAUUUAGGAUUGGCUCAUUUUUUGGCAAUAUUGCAGUACUGAAUCUGCCCGGCUGACAAGUUUCUAAAUUCAUGAAAUUUUAUUAAAUUCCCACCCUGCCUGUUUAGUUGGAGAUGAUCAAAAAAGAGUAUACAGGUGUUGAAUUUCUACCUUGCCUGUUUAAUUGGAAAUGAUCUUUAAAGAAGAUAGUGUGCAGGUGCAUAACAUGCUUUUUACAUGUAGCCUACAGAUAACUUAUAGAUACACAUGGGACUUUGUCAUCACUGCCACCCUUUGUACCUCCUUAAAAUGUUGUUAAUGUAUUAAUAUGUUGAGGGGAUAGAGAGUGUGACCCUAUAUUAGUACUAGUUGCAAUGCUUGGAUGUGUGCACACUUUAUUUCUGAGCAGAAAGCCCUGCAUCAUCACUCAUGCCUGACCAAUCAACAGCAACGUAAGAAUGUGCGUUGUCUUUCGUCUCAUUUUCUACUUGCUGGAAGCCACAGCUAAACUGAGCAUCUUUAGAGCUAUGUGCAUCAUGAUAAUUGCCAUGCUUCAGGAUGUAGUCACUACACGCUGUUCGUCUGUGAAAGAACGGUGCCGUAUGGGGAGUGUAGGUUACACAACCGGUCUACGCAACGUGAGCGAGAAGCAGAUACAAGACUGCAGGCACCUGUGCCUUGAUCCCCCUUCUCAUCACUCCACCCUGCUGUCAUCUUCCUGCAGAUUCGUUUGAUUUAAAACACUUUUCUUUCCAACUUUGUUAAUUUCGUAUUUGAGUGUACUGGAUUGAAACUCCAUGGCUGCUGCAAGUAUAAUGACCAUAGCAGUGUUUCCUUCUUGAUUAUACAGGAUUGAUUUUGUAUAUAGACCUUCAUGUUACGUUUUUUUUCCAUAUCAUACAUUUUUGUGAACACACUAAAAAAGACCUGUUGCUGUUCAUACAUUGAAACAAUUUUCCCUCCUUUCAGAAUGUGUACAUAUUGAACGAUCUUUUUGUACUAUUUCAGAACUUCACAUUUUUUUCACUGAUGCAUGAACGUUUCAUGCACGGCCGCGCGUGCAUGCACAAAGUUGAAUGUUUGGAGCGCUUGUAUCAUGUCUUGUUUCCAGGAUUGCCAUCAUAAUUAACUCGUGACCAUCAGGUUGAAUGGAUCAUCUAAUUUAUUUGGCAAAGUUCAUUUCCUAAAUAAAGACUUGCAUCAUUU